AGAUGAUAGGAUUCGCAUUAUUGAAUUUGUUUUUCUUUUCUAGCAGCAAAAUAGAUAAAAUGGCAAUAAAUAAUCAUGUCACCAUUGACAAAAUGCUUACCCAUGUGGGUGAGUUUGGUUUGUUCCAAUGGUUGUUAAAUGCAAUGUUUUGUGUGAUGGUAGUCCCACAGACGUAUCAGAUAUUAAUUAUGUACUUUGCAGCAUUAAAUCCUGAUUGGCAAUGUGUUAAUGGUACAGAGUGUCCAUACAACGGUACAUUACCUAGCAAAAACACCUCACGAUGCGACAUGCAACGAAGUUCAUGGGAAUAUACAAAACCAAAAGAUUAUUCCAUUGUGACAGAGUUUGAUAUUAAUUGUGGUAAAGAAUGGCAAAUACAUUUAACUUUUUCAAUUUUCUUUUUAAGUUGGGGAAUAGGAGCAAUAGUCUUAGGAUAUCUUGCAGAUAAAACUGGAAGAAAGAGUAUCAUCUUCCCAUCAGUUUCUGUUAUUAUUAUUGCUGGCUUCAUCACAUCGUUCUCACCCAAUAUUUACUUAUUUAUAGUCGCAAGAUUCAUAGUGGGUUUUUUCACGCCAGGCACUACCGUGCAAGAGUUUGUUUUGCUUAACGAAUUUGUUGGCAACAAGUACCGUCCAAUUGCAGGAAAUAUCAUGUGGUUGUUUUUUACGCUUGCUUUAUGUGUACUUGGUCUGCAAGCUUACUAUAUUCGACAGUGGAAGUAUCUCUUCAUAGCAUGUACUGCUCCCUACAUAUUUGUCUUGUUGUUCUACAAAUUUGUACCUGAAUCCGUUCGAUGGCAAAGAUUAAACGGUAAAGAUGAACAAGUGGCUGAGUGUUUACGUCGUAUUGCUAGAUGGAACAAGAAAAAAAUUCCUGAAGGUGUACAGGUCGAAGGAAAAAGUGGUAAUGAUAUCUCACAUCACACCAGCCCUCUUGAUCUAUUUAAACAUCGAAAGAUGGCAAUUCAAACUCUUGUGCAAGGUUUUGCCUGGCUUGUGAAUGCGAUGAUAUACUUUAGUUUAUCGUUGGCUGCAGACGGUUUGGGUGGUUCUCUCUAUACUAAUUAUGUGAUGCUCAGUGCCAUCGAGUUUCCCGCCGCGUUGUUCUGUGCUUAUUGCUGUGAAAAGUUUGGACGAAAAAAUACUGUUAUUUAUUCUCUGCUUAUUCCUAGCAUAACUUGUAUAAGCGUUGCGUUCAUACCUAGCGAUGGAGGAGGACAUAUUGCUCGAAUAAUUUUAAGUCUAAUUGGCAAGUUUUUUAUCUCUUCCAGUUUUGGCGGCAUCUAUAUUUGGUCGGCAGAGAUUUAUCCCACAAAUAUUCGAGCAAAGGGGAUGGGAUUUUUGCAAGUAGCAAGUAGAAUAGGAGCUGCUUCAUCACCUUGGAUUGCGAGAGGAUUAAAAGUGCUUCACGAAGCUGUUCCAUUUGCUGUCAUGGGAGCAUUUGGUUUACUUGGAGGGGGCUUUUUGUUUCUUCUACCAGAAACCAAAGGUAUGGCAACGAGUGAAAGUGAAGAAGUAGACUAUAAAAUAAUCGAAAUGGAAAUUAGUAUAAAAAACAUGACGCAGACAAAAAAAUAAGACAUUAUUGGCUUGGACCAAAUGUAUAGUUUGAAUGUUAAAACUUUCGCGUGGACAAAAACGUUCGCGUAGUUUGUACUUAAAUUUGUAGUUGAAGUAUACAAGUGACCUUUUUAACAACUUUUUUACUUGAGAUUUUUUUAAGGAAGAAGUUGUAGAUAGUUAAUACUUAUCCUUUGUUCUUGCAACUUUUUUCUCCUGGACGGCUUAUUUUGUGAAAAACUUUAUCUACAACUUUAUUAAAAUACAGACAGCUAGAAAAGAAGUGUGGCGUUUUUUUUUGAAUAUAUUUUUAUGAAAGUAAAUACUAUAUGGGAAAUAUGCGUACAACAACUCUGAUACAUUAACUAGUUCUGUACACCCUCAUCCCCAGGGUUUUUUGACUUUUUGAUAUGGAAGAUGACGUUGAAAAACAUAAUAUAAUAUUUUUGGUCGUCUUCUCUUAUAUUAAAAAGACAAAAAACCCUGGGGAAGAGGAUGAAGUUUUGUAUACAUGCGACUGGUUUUUACUCUUUUUUAUUAACUUUAUAAGUUUUACAGGCAUAUGUUCUGAAAAUAUAAGUAAGAAAAGACAAGAAAUUAAAGUUAAAGCACCAAAAAUCAAAUUUCAUAUCAAGGAGGUUCAUAUGCAGUACUUAACCAAUAUUUUGUCACUUUUUGGUGGAGAUAGUAAGAGAUAGUAAGUAAGGAGAUAGUAAGCGGUUCAUAUACACGUAGAAGAUGACGUUGUAGACAAUAUUCUAAAGAAACGUUGCAUUUCUUAAAUGGUGAAUUUUUUGCGCGCAUAGAUGAAAAUAAAUGUUUACAUGGUAGUGUCUUGGAAACUGCUUUGCAGAUUAAAUAUGAGUUGAUAUUUCUCUACAUUAUAAUACUUGUUUACGUCUGUCUGUCUGCCACGAAAAAUGGUACCGCAAGUAGCGAGACGCACGGGCGGUACCAUGGCACAGUGAUGAACAAAGUAGUUCUUCUACAAUAUAACUCACACGCAUUAUACUCACCCGUCAUGAUCAGAGGUCUGAUCGGGGUGAAACACUCCCUGUUGAGAAUGAAAUACGGAUGUGCUAUGAUAAAUAUUCACCCAUGUAUGAAAGUGGAUGCUUACAAAAUCACGUGUUUCGAUUUGACCACCAAAUCUUGUGUCAGAACGAUAAGGGGGAAAACGAUAAUUGUUGAAUAAACAAUGUCUUUUAUUUAUCUCGUUUGUAAACAAAUUAAAAUGGUAAGUAAUUGUAGGUACAACAAAAUGCACUUUUGCUAAAGAAAUAUUUAUUACUAACGUGUCAUUAGUGAGAAUAUGUUUGUGCAUUCAAUAAUACAGAACAAAACACCAAUAUCAGUGAGAAAUGUUUCAAACCGUCUGAUAAGUACAUACAUUAUGAUUACACGGCUGCAUACUUAUCAUUCUGGAGAGAAAAUACUCCGGAAUGUAACAUGUACACAGGUAAACCAUAAGGGCGUUUACGUUAAGUGGAAACUCGAGCGUUGUUUAUCAUAUAACGUCGCGAUCCUCAAUUCCUUUGUUCACACGACGCCGUUUAAGCGAAAUCGCUUCACAAUUUUGUAUCGAAACGGAAGUAUUCCAUUUGGCAUACCGGAUAAACUCUGUCCUAGGUCACCUAU